GGGUGAUUUAUUGUAUUGGAGGCAGGAGCCAGGUUGUUUACCAUUUGAAGAAAUAGUUCUGGAAAAGGAUUGAAACUUUGGGGAGAAUUUAUGAUCAAACCUCAAGGGACUCUAAUUCAGAGCUAGGAGAGUAUUCUGCUUUCAUAGUCACCGAUGUCUUCUGGCCACCUAGGUCGAAUGAACACCUCCUUGUUCUGCCCAUGGUUAGAAAUCACGCUGAACUAUCAGCUCCUUGUCAGUCCUUCCAGUUAGUUCAUCUUUGUCUUGAGUAUGAUUGGGAUGUCACAGAUCAUUUGAAGCUUCUCUGGUUCCAACUUUUCCACAAAAUGGUUUAGAAUUCGUUCUCUGUGAUGGAAGUGAGUAGAUAUCAGCUCCUGAUAUUGUGGAAAGCGUACCUAGCUGUUUGUUGGAGCCCCGGGCCCAGUUUCUUCACUAAUAUGCUGAGAGGUGUUUGCACAGAACAAUUAACUUCUAAGCCUCAGUUCCCUCAUCUGCCCAGUGAGGGAGUCGGACCAGAGACUUCCUUUGGUGUCAACCACUGCUAACACCCCAUGAAGACACACCCAAGAUUGGACUCUAGAACUCUCCAACGAAUUUUACAGACUUAUUGGAUGAAGAGUACCUGAGAGACUGGUGAUCAACAAUCCCUAAGAUGGAGAAGACGGAUGCCAAAGACCAGUCCUCUCAGGUGGAUGAAGAGAAAGACCCUCCAAAGAGCCACCCCUACUCCGUGGAGACCCCAUAUGGCUUCCACCUGGACCUGGACUUCCUCAAGUAUGUGGAUGACAUCGAAAAGGGAAACACCAUCAAAAGGAUUCCUAUCCACAGAAGGGCCAAGCAGGCCAAGUUCAGCACUUUGCCCCGAAACUUCAGCCUUCCCGACAGCGGGGCUCGCCCCCAUGCUGUUCUUUCCCAUCCGAACUGGUCCCCCAUGGUGUCGAGGAAAGUGCUGGGGACAGAGGCCCGAGCCCAGCCACUGUCCCUCGGGGAUCACCCCCAAGCCCCACAAGCCGCCAGCGGCAGUGAGGUGAGCUACCACCGGAAGGCCCUGCUGACGGAGACGGCCAGACAGCUGGAGGCUGCUGCUGCUCCCGGGGAGGCUGAGCUCACCUCCGGGAGUGGACGGCCCCAGCUUCUGAGAGCAUCCAGCAUGCCGGCCACGCUGCUGCAAACCAGGGCCUCGGAGGACCCAAGCCUAAACUCAGGACCCCCAACCCCGCCCGCCCUCCCCCCACUUCAGGGCGAAGGCGUUGUCUGUGAUGGUGCCUUUGGGCCCGUGGAAGGAUUUGCAGGGUUUUCCAAAUCCACUCCGCGAGCAGCAACCCAACGGGAAGUCAGAGAGUCUGGAGACCUAGUGCCAGGGAUUCCAGAGCUGAUCCGGGAGGGGCCUGAGCCUCCAGAAGGCGAAGGCGAAGAAGACGUUCCAAAUCACCUCUCUUUCCCGAGUCCACCUUUCUCAUCUCAGAAUGCACUUGUAGUUCUAGAGGAUGCAGAAGACCAACAGAAAAGCAGAGAAGCCCAGGUGGUGGUCACAACCCCUAGCUCUCCAACACCAAGCCCCCCACCUCUGCCGUCACCCAUGCCUGAAAAUGAGCUCCCCCUGGAAGAAAUCGAGCUCAACAUCAGCGAAAUCCCACCACCACCACCUGUAGAGGUGGACGUGAGAAGCAUCGGGAUCCGCGUCACGGAGGAAAGCCUGGGCCUUGCCUCCCUGGAUCCUGGCAGCGUCUGCAGCCUGAAGCAGCAGAUCUCGGACCUUGAAGGCGAGCUGUCUGGAAGAACUGAGGAACUGGCCCAGGUCAGAGCUGCCCUCCAGCGGCAGGAAGAGGAAAUCAAGGCGAGGGGGCAGAGGAUUCAAGAGCUAGAGUGCACUGUUGCUCAACUGGUAGAAAAGCUUAGCGGUGGGAACACCAAAGAUGCUCAGGGCCAGACUGAUGCUGUGGUCAACACUGACCCUCUGCAGGAGCUCUUGACCAGACAGUCGUGUGACAAGAGCAUUGGGGUCAGCCUUCUGGGCAGCAUGGGCUCUGAAAGCUGGGGAGCCAGGGGAGAGGGGAAUGGCCUCCUGUGGGGGUGGGAAAGUCACAAACGAGGGGAUGGGAGCCCAGCAGGACUUGUGUCACCACCCCAGCCAUCACUGCCACAGGGAUCUGAGACAGUCCUCAUGCCUUCUUUACACAGCUGCGUCUCUACUGAGCUCAGGAUCGAAGAGGGAGGUUCUGAGCAGGCAGGAGGUCCUUCGGUGGGAAUUAAGGGUCUGGGCCGGGGAGCAGGAGGAUCUCCAGGGAGUGGCGAGAGAAAGGCUCCCCCAGCAGGGAGGGAGGAGGCUGGCCCAGAGCUGUCGGGGAAGGAGCGCCCUGGAAGGCCACCAAGCUCCCCGACCGAUGCCACUAUUGGGCAGUACGUUAAGAAGAUCCAAGAACUCCUGCAGGAGCAGUGGAGCUGCCUGGAACACGGGUACCCUGAGCUGGCCCGCGCCAUCAAGCAGCCUGCCUCCAAGCUCAGCAGCAUCCAGAGCCAGCUACAGAGCUCCCUCAACCUGCUUCUGUCUGCCUACUCGGCCCAGGCUCCACCCCAGAAGGAGCCCCCAGGCCCCUCCUCCUCCCCACCGAUGGAGAUCUCCCCGUCGACCAGCCUUAAGUCCAUAAUGAAAAAGAAAGACUAUGGCUUCCGUGCAGGAGGUAAUGGGACCAAAAAGAACCUUCAGUUUGUUGGGGUUAACGGUGGCUAUGAGACCACCUCAAGUGAGGAGACCAGUGGUGAGGACAGCUCCCCAGAAGACUUGUCUGAUAGCGAGGCUGAGAAGAAAUGUGAUGGCCCAGAACCCAGGCGGGGCAAGGAUGCCCACCUCAGCUGUAGGGUGGGCCAGGGCACCCCUGAGGCCACCCGUGACACAGACCAGGAAACUGGGCCUGGCGAAGAGCUCCCCCACCCCAAGACUGAGAGAUAUAAACCCUCAGAAGAAUUCCUUAAUGCCUGCCGGGCAUUGAGCCAACAUCUGCCAGAAACUGGGACGACCACUGACCAGCUCUUGAAGCAGAGCUUGAACACCAUCAGUCAAGAGUGGUUCCGCAUCUCCAGCCGGAAGUCAUCCAGCCCUGCGGCAGUGGCCGCCUACCUCCGCGGGGUCCAGCCUCACUCCCCACACUUGCUAAAGCUGCUUGUCAAUCUGGCUGAUGGCAAUGGGAACACAGCUCUUCACUACAGCGUGUCCCACUCUAACUUCUCCAUCGUGAAGCUGCUGCUGGAGACAGGUGUCUGCAACGUGGACCAUCAGAACAAAGCCGGCUACACUGCUGUGAUGAUCACUCCCCUGGCUUCUACUGAGACCGAUGAAGACAUGGCUGUCGUCUGGAAGCUCUUAAGAGAAGGGAAUGUGAACAUCCAAGCUACUCAGGGGGGCCAGACGGCGCUGAUGCUGGGAGUCAGCCACGACAGGGAGGACAUGGUCCAGGCGCUGCUGAGCUGCCAGGCAGAUGUCAACCUACAGGACCAUGAUGGAUCGUCAGCCCUCAUGCUGGCCUGUCACCAUGGCAACACUGACAUGGUACGGCUGCUCCUGGCACAUCCAGCCUGCGACAGCAGCCUGACUGACAAGGCUGGCCGAACGGCUUUGUCCAUCGCUCUGAAAUCGCCCGCCCAUGUGGAAAUUGCAGGGCUGCUUCGGGCCCACUCGAAGCAGGGCAGGUCCCUAGGGCCAUAGGGGCUGUGGAAGAGCUGGCAGCUAUGAACAGAAGAAGCAUUGUUUGGACUCUUCCCUCGCCCUUGGAGAGGGCAUGGGUCAUAGCCAGAGGGCUGCACCUGAAAAGAAGAAAUAAUGUCAAAUAUGCACAUACAUUCCUGUUGUAUAAUUUUGCUCAUUAGGAUGCUUUGUAGUUUUUGCCUUAGGCCAAGCCCCAAAACUCUGGGCUGUAGAGGGGUGCAAGGUGCAGGGUGCAUUGGUGUCGGCUAAAAAAAUUCCCAAACAUCUUCAGCCUCGAAUUCCUCAUGACUCUACCCUUUGCCACACCGUGUAGUGAGCAGGCAGGCAGGAGCACAGUAGCAAAGCAAUACUUUUUACAUGGAAUUUUAAAGUGCACCGUCUUUUUGUUUUUUAAUCAAUUAUAUGUGAAGAUGUCCCAUUGGACAUGCAUGUCUA